AUGGCGGGUCCAAGCUGGAUCAGUGAGUCCGACAACGAUUAUAGGUUGAUAAUGAUGUCCGACCAUUCACGUUAUUAUUACAAAGGAGAGGGCAACGCCAACAUCAUACUUGGCUUGCCCGAUAACGAUGACAGGGUGAUCAUGCGAGUGUUGAAAUAUGAUAUAGUUCAAGAUAGCGAAGACCAUAUGAAAAAGUCCUUAAUGCUAAAUGCGCAAAUGGAAUUUUGCCGCAUGAUCCGGCAGAUGUAUUUCGCGGAUUACGCGGAUGUGCCUUUGCUAACGUCCAUGCCCGUCAAAGAUCUUCGUGAACUAGACAAUCGCCUCAUUAGCAUCAGGCCGCACGACCGGAUCCACAAACGUCUGUGGAGUGCCGGCGGCAUGGUGACUGUCUACGCGGAUUACACGUUGUUGCCACGAACCGUAGUCAAUGUUGGACCGGUGUACUGCGUCGAAAUCAAACCCAAACAGGGCUGGUUAAUUGACGCCGACAGGGUCGCCAUGUCGAAUUUCGGCUUGGGCUCUAAGUGUGCGUUCUGCAGCCAACAGUUCACGAAAGUGCUGAAAACAAGAGAGUUCAGCCGAUACUGCCCGUUGGACCUGUUUUCCGGCUGUAGAUUACGAAUUGAACACGCCGUGAAGUCACUGCUCCAGACUCCACAGAACAACUUGAAAAUGUUCAUGGACGGUGUUCCGGUCGAUUGGUCCGACUGCACGACGUUAUUUGGUGGCCGUGCCUCGUGGUUGGCGCGAUUUGUCGCUGCCGCACUGCUCGGCGAUUGCAUAGAAGAUCUACCAGUGCCGUUGGACGUCGACGAGGACGAUAGCCAAGAACAUCCGGCAUAUCCGAAGAACCGAGUGUGCAACUUCAACACGAAGCCGAUGCCCAGUACCUGUGUGCUCCAAAGCAUACUGGCUAUGCAAAAAGCGCAAACUUGCGGUUUUUCGAAAGUGUGCGAAAAGUAUAAAAGACUCGCAAAGUGCGGACUCGAUGCCGAUCUGUUUGGCCAUGUUUCUCGCCUACAGUCUCCCCCCGAUCAUUACAAACGAAUUACCGAACCGGUAGACAAUUACUUGAUGGCCGUUACCGCCCGCGAUUGUUCCGUGUUCGUGACGUUUUGCCAAACAAUUGACGCGGACGGCUGCGCCACCAUCAAGUUUGAUGGCUGCCGUUACGCUGUCCGCGUCAAGGUGGGCGAUUUAGACCCGAAACCGUUGACCACCAUCGACAAACACCGCCAACGUAAUAUUGAAAUAAUGAAGUCGUGCUAUUCAUUUUUCGAUAGAUCGAUUAAGUGCAAGAAAUGUAUGCUGCCCAUUUUGGACUGUUCCUGUGAUAAUAUGUUUACUCCAGUCAAUAUAAUUUAA